AUCUGACAGAGCAUUUGCAUGAAAUUAAAGAUCUUGUUCGGAAAUUAGUUCUAUCCAGUGCGCCUGUGAAAGUGUUAGCGUAACGGCGCAUUUCGUACCACAAACAAAUCAUUAAGAAGUGACGUCAAACACGCGCUGCGACUGCUUGAACAAACGAGUGGCGCGACGAUCGUCUGAGCAGUGAGCAGUACAAAAACAAACGUGCGAGCGUUCGACAGCCGCCCACCGCGCACACAAACUACUAACAUUUAUAUGUGUGUACUUUAGGAGCGCUCUCCGCCUAGGCGCACCAUACACACACACACACAUACGAACAUAUUGGUAUUAAUACGUGUAAAAGCACCUACCUCUUCGUACGUUUGGUGCCGAAGCGUUAAGGCAGCCAGCCGUAGUGAACGCGUAAAGAAACGAAAGUUUUUCAUUUUCUUCGCUGUUUUGGGCGGCAUCGAGCAUACAGACGAGAAGCAUUGCUUGGCGGCGCGCUAACGUUGUCGUUUCGAUUUUUCGCUUCACCAUUUGUUGUGCGCGUAUCGCUCUUUACCGUUUGUUGUUUGUUUUUCGCGCAUUGCGUUGAGCACCUUUUCGCUUUUUACCCUACACUUUUUUCGACGUUUCGCCGAGUCGGUGCGACUUGAUGCGACGCGACGCAACGCGAUUUCGAACGCAGCGCAACUGAUCGCACGAAGUUAGCGGCGCGGCAACCGCGCGCGAUCAGAGAAUUUCUCUAAAUAAACGCAACACGCUGCUGCAGUUCAGUAACGCGUAAAAAUUUCACUGCAACGGUUUGCUCCGCCAACGGCAACGGAUGAUGACUGAUAUGAGCGACGAUUAGAGGAAAGAAACAACUUGUUGAAAACAGUACACAUAUGCUGUAGUAGAUAAAAUACGAAAACAAAAAAGUAUAUUUAUAAAUAACUUUUUAAAAUAUUCACGACAUUGCAGUGAGUAAGGGGCGAGCGCAAGAUAUAUCAGUGUUUAUUUGUAUUGUGAAAUGUGCUAAAGAAAAGUAUAGCAGUGAGUGCGUACUACAACAGUGUGUAAGGACGCAGAAGAACACAUACGAAGAAUAUCACACGAUCGAACGCGCCAGAAAUUACCGAGCGCUCUGCUGAUCCUGCCAAUUGUCGUUCACAUUCGUGUCAAUUUUCCGUUGCGUAUACGUCCAGGAGUGCGCUCAACGCCACACACAACUUCUAAACAACAAAUAUAAAUUUGUCAGAAAAAAAAAAAUCGUCAACAUGUCACAUCAAUGCAGUUGCGGACGCGAUCUCAACAACAACUACGUGUCCUACACAAGCGCCUACGCCAACGGCAGCUCCAGUUUGGAUCGCGAGACGAGCAGCAGCCUCUCGGGUGGCGGCAGCAAGUCAGCCAUGUCGGGCAAGACCACACAACUAACAGCGAAAGUGAUGUUCGGCACAGUGGGCGCCAUCAAGGAUCUGCGCGAGAAGGAGAAGUCACGCCAUGCGACAACGCGCGCCAGCGAUCGGCGCAACUGAGCGUUAGCGCGCAGAGACUGAAGGGGUUGUUGGCUGGGUAUUGGGUGAGCAUGCGCAAGGAUACGAAACGUGGCUAAUGGCAGUACAGUGUUUUAAGUAGUUAUGGCGGCGGGUUCGUUACAGACAGACGAUGUAGGACUUAUAAUACAGUGGCAGGCGACAGCAGCGAGGCGUUGUGUACUACAUACAGUGUAAAAAACAUUGGUGGGGCGUGCAGGGGUUUCCGGCUGUUGUAAUGUAAAGCGGUUGUGCGUAGUCAACAGGUAUCUGCGCAUAUGUGUGUAUCGUCAGGCAUUACGUGGUCUGCAGCAGCGACGGCGCGAAGCUUCUGGAAAGUCCUAGCUGCAAAUAUUACGUCGCUAUAACUUUUCAAAACAAAUACUUGUAAACUAUUUAUUUGCAUGUAAGUGGGUAGUUUAAGCGUGUUAGCGCCUUGGAGGACUUUGCUCAUGCCACACUAGGAAUAAAUGUACAUAUUUGCUUAACAAUUUAAUUUCAUAGUAACAAUUUAUUUAUACUAAGUGCACCCUGUGAAA